AUGGGAGGAAUAUCUCAAGUAGUUUUCACUAUACACGACAACAACAAUCCUUAUGAAACAACAGCAAAAGAAAUCAUCUAUAUGGCAGACAUAAUCUUAGGUUGGAUACUAUUGACGUUGGCAUUUUUCUACACGUUUAAACCAAUCAUAAAGUUUAGAAUAUUUUCAAAAAAACAAAUUUCAACAAUAAAUCCGAGGAAUUCUGCCGUAGGAAUUUGGUAUUUGCUUGUGACGAGUUUAAUCAGUGUUUCCUAUUUAUCUUUUAUGAUAUAUAUGUUCACAAAAGGAUUCGAGACACCAAAGAUAUUUCGUGGACCUAAUUCAAAAGCCAUCGAUUACAUUCAUCGAACAGUUUUAAUUCUAAAUCAGUCUUUACCGCCACCAAAUUACAUUUUGAAUUUGAUUGGAAAAAUUGAGAUUUAUGCCACUCCACAAAAUACAAAUAAUCGAAAUACGAACAUUCUUGAUAGUAGUAUUAGUGAUACUGUAACAUCUGAAACUUCUAGAUACCUCUGA